AUGACAAACGAUAAAUUUAUACCCCAAGCACCUAAAACUUAUGAAGUUAAGUAUAUUGGUGAAGAGAUUCAAUUACCUAAAUUGAGUGAGAUUACUGAUGAAAAUGGUAAAGUAAAAUUACCGCCUGAGUUAGUUGAAAAAAUGCAAGAUAUGCAAAUAUCUUGCAUGGCAACGGGAUGCGGAAACACGUAUGUUAGUAGAUGGAUGCAUUCGAAUUGUAGUUGUACCUAUCCUGGUAAUAUACAAUGGUCAACACAUGCUCGGUUAAAAUGUCCUUCUUGUGAUUUAGUCACUCUUACUGAUGUUGUGUCCAUGUUGUUAGAAUAUCCGGGUGCUAACAGGCAAUUUGCAGCAAAGUUUUUGAAAA